AUGUCUACCGACCGUUCUCUUGUCUUCGGUGUUGCCCGUAUCUUCGCCUCGUUCAACGAUACCUUCGUCCACGUGACCGAUCUCUCCGGAAGGGAAACCAUCUGCAGAGUCACCGGUGGUAUGAAGGUCAAGGCUGACAGAGAUGAGUCUUCUCCAUACGCCGCUAUGUUGGCUGCCCAAGAUGUCGCUGAGAAGUGCAAGGAGGUUGGCAUCACUGCUGUCCACGUCAAGUUGAGAGCCACCGGUGGAACCAAGACCAAGACCCCAGGUCCAGGUGGUCAAGCUGCCUUGAGAGCCUUGGCCAGAUCCGGCCUCAGAAUCGGCAGAAUCGAGGACGUCACCCCAGUUCCUUCGGACUCCACCAGAAGAAAGGGUGGUAGAAGAGGUAGAAGAUUGUAA